AUGCGCAUUAGUUCGCAGUGUGUGACAUCCUGUUUCAUCCCAUAUGCUAUUAUACAUGGAGCGGUGUUUUUUACACCAGGACCACCGACAUUCCCAUGCCCCGGGGCCAGGCCUCUCCAAAUGCAAUGCACCCUUCAGUCUCUUAAGCCUUUGACCUUCACCACAUCCCAUCAUCAAACCUGUUCGCAGCUCGCGCCUGGUUCAGUAUCUGCUGAGGGGAAAGAGCGUUCGACACGUCAGGACUUUGAACCUGAGGCGAAAUAUUUUGCUGAGGCACCUGCUGCGAUACCUGUGCCACCUGUGGCUGGCGCAUUUGACCCUGCAUUGGAUACUGGAAGUUUUGUUUGGCCAUCCUCGUCUGGUCCUGGUAAAGCGUCUGCAGAACUUGGUAGUGGUUCUGGAGCUCUGGAAUUGCCGGAGGCGGCGACAGUAUUUGUGGGAAGAUUUUCGCCGAGUUUGGAGCCGGGGUCGGGUUCGUGUGCAAGUCGUUCAGCGCGACCAGACACUGGAGGUUGGUGUGGAUGCGCUUGA